GGGGGGAGGGGGGGGGCUGAAAAGGAGAAAGUGAAGGGGGGAAAGAGAGUGAGUGUAGUGAGAGCCCAGAGGCAAAACGAAGGGUGCAGGCACUGCCGCUGAGAGGAGAUCGAGAGACAGGGGGUGCACUUGACAACCAGCAUGCAGAGAUGUCAGAAGAGGCAGAAGUGGAUGUGAGAGACAGACACACACAGAGACACAGAGAGCGAAAGAGGGCAAGAGACUUGACUUUAAGAGACUCCUGCACUGACAACUCCAUGCAGUUCGGAACAAGAACGGCAGCGACCGACUCUGGUUUCAUGGGGACAUGGCAGAACACUGACACUAACCUCUUAUUCAGAAUGUCCCAACAGGCCAUCCGCUGUACACUGGUAAAUUGCACAUGUGAAUGUUUUCAGCCAGGGAAGAUUAACCUGAGAACCUGCGAUCAGUGUAAACAUGGCUGGGUGGCACAUGCCUUGGACAAACUUAGUACUCAGCACCUCUACCACCCAACCCAAGUGGAGAUUGUGCAGUCCAAUGUUGUGUUUGACAUCAGCAGCCUGAUGCUCUACGGUACUCAGGCUGUGCCUGUGAGACUGAAGAUUCUGCUUGACCGACUCUUCAGUGUACUGAAGCAAGAGGAGGUGUUGCAUAUUCUACAUGGCUUAGGCUGGACACUGCGAGACUACGUUCGAGGCUACAUUCUUCAGGAUGCUGCAGGCAAGGUGCUGGACCGCUGGGCCAUCAUGUCCAGGGAAGAAGAGAUCAUUACCCUUCAGCAGUUCCUGAGAUUUGGAGAAACGAAAUCUAUCGUGGAGCUGAUGGCAAUUCAAGAAAAGGAAGGGCAGGCUGUGGCUGUGCCAUCUUCAAAGACAGAUUCAGAUAUAAGGACUUUUAUUGAAAGCAAUAAUCGCACCAGGAGCCCAAGUCUCCUUGCUCACCUGGAGAAUAGCAACCCUUCCAGCAUUCAUCAUUUUGAAAACAUCCCGAAUAGCCUUGCAUUCCUGCUUCCAUUCCAGUACAUAAAUCCAGUCUCUGCUCCACUGCUGGGGCUGCCUCCAAAUGGCCUCCUGCUGGAACAGCCAGCAAUGAGGCUCCGUGAACCAAGCCUUACGACCCAAAACGAAUAUAAUGAGAGCAGUGAAUCUGAAGUUUCCCCUACACCUUUCAAGAAUGAGCAAGCAUCCAGCAGAAAUGCUUUGACCAGCAUCACAAAUGUGGAGCCCAAAACUGAGCCAGCCUGUGUGUCUCCUGUUCAAACACCUACGCCAGUCAAUGAUUUAUCGAAAACAGAGCAUACAAAAAGCUCAUUCCGAAUUCACAGAAUGAGGAGAAUGGGGUCAGCUUCCAGGAAAGGAAGAGUGUUUUGCAAUGCAUGUGGCAAAACUUUCUACGACAAAGGUACUCUUAAAAUCCACUACAAUGCUGUGCACCUGAAAAUCAAGCAUCGAUGCACUAUUGAAGGCUGCAAUAUGGUCUUCAGCUCUCUCAGAAGCCGCAAUCGCCACAGUGCUAACCCAAAUCCCCGCCUUCACAUGCCUAUGCUAAGGAAUAACCGUGACAAAGAUCUAAUUCGUGCUACAUCAGGUGCCGCCACUCCUGUCAUAGCAAGUACGAAGUCCAACCUAACUUUAACAAGCCCUGGGCGUCCACCGAUGGGGUUUACCACUCCCCCUCUGGACCCAGUACUACAGAACCCUCUUCCCAGUCAGCUGGUCUUCCCAGCUUUAAAGACUGUCCAACCUGUUCCUCCUUUUUACAGAAAUUUACUUACUCCUGGAGAGAUGGUGAGUCCUCCAACCUCACUCCCGACCAGUCCCAUAAUACCAGCUGUGAGUGGCAUGGAGCAGCAUCCCCCUCCUCCUUCAGAGUCAUCAGUACCUUCAGUGUUGAUGCCUACCCCAGAGCCCAAUGCAGACCUUGCCCCCAAGAAGAAGCCAAGGAAGUCAAGCAUGCCAGUUAAAAUUGAAAAGGAAGUUAUCGACACUGCUGAUGAGUUUGAUGAUGAAGACGAAGAGGUGAAUGACAGGAGCACAAUGGUGAAUGACAUUGGUCAUGACAAUCACUGCCAUUCUCAGGAGGAAAUGAGCCCAGGCCUGUCUGUUAAAGACUUUUCCAAAAGUGACAGAAGCAGAUGUAUGUCCAGACCAGACAUAAGAAGGGCAGACAGCAUGACAUCAGAAGACCAGGAGCAUGAGAGAGACUAUGAAAAUGAGUCAGAGUCAUCAGAGCCCAAAUUGUGUGAAGAAUCCCUGGAAGGCGAUGAUCGCCUCCAUGAACCUGGUGAAAAAUCUAUGAUGCACAGUGACCGACCAGAUGAAAACCACAAUGACUCUUCCAACCAGGAUGUCAUUAAGGUGAAGGAAGAGUAUACAGACCCUACAUAUGAUAUGUUCUAUAUGAGCCAAUAUGGACUGUACAAUGGAGGCAGUGCCAGUAUGGCUGCUCUUCAUGAAAGUUUUGCUUCUACAUUCAACUAUAGCAGCCCUCAGAAGUUCUCCCCAGAAGGUGAAAUGUGCUCCAGCCCAGACCCGAAGAUCUGCUAUGUUUGCAAGAAAAGUUUCAAGAGUUCCUACAGUGUGAAGCUUCACUACCGAAAUGUUCAUUUAAAAGAGAUGCAUGUCUGCACAGUGGCUGGCUGUAACGCUGCGUUCCCAUCACGGAGAAGCAGAGACAGACACAGUGCUAACAUAAACCUGCACCGUAAACUGUUGACCAAAGAACUGGAUGACAUGGGCUUGGACACUUCACAGCCUUCUCUUAGUAAGGACCUCCGCGAUGAAUUUUUGGUGAAGAUAUAUGGCGCUCAGCAUCAGAUGGGGCUUGACAUAAGGGAAGACACCUCCUCGCCUGCUGGCACUGAGGAUUCCCAUAUGAAUGGGUACGGCAGGGGCAUGGCAGAAGACUAUAUGGUACUAGACCUGAGCACCACCUCCAGCAUCCAGUCCAGCAGCAGUAUCCAUUCCUCAAGAGAAUCUGAUGCAGGAAGCGAUGAGGGUAUUCUCCUGGAUGACGUCGAUGGGGCAAGUGACAGCGGGGAAUCUGCCCACAAAGCAGAUGCCCCUGCCUUAGCUGUAGGUAUGGGCACCGAUGUCCCAGGAUCCCUCAUGUUCAACAGUGUUUCGGUGAGCAACGGUGGGAUAAUGUGUAACAUUUGCCACAAAAUGUACAGCAACAAGGGAACCCUCAGAGUGCACUACAAAACAGUGCACUUGCGAGAAAUGCACAAGUGCAAAGUCCCUGGGUGCAACAUGAUGUUCUCCUCUGUCCGUAGCCGAAACCGGCACAGCCAGAACCCCAAUCUGCAUAAAAACAUUCCUUUCACUUCAGUAGAUUAGGUCAACUAUGGACAGAGCAAAAUGCCAGCUCUCAGAGAGGGCCCACUACAUCUGAACUGCCAUAAACAGUCUCCCUUCAUAUAUAUAUAUAUAUAUGUAUGUAUAUGUAUAUAUAUAUACACACACACAUAAAUAUACAUAUAUAUAUAUAUAAUUUUUUUCUUUUCUUUUUUAGCAAAAGAAAAAAACACCAGGUGCUUUUUCCCCUUUCUUGGUUGUUGGGGUUUUUUUCUUUUUUUUUUUAAUAGAAACAAACACGUAGGACCUUUAAUUUGGGGGAAGAGAUCCUUCAUUAAAGCAAACAAACAAAAAACAAAUAGAAAAACUGCAGUUGUCCCUAGUUCUGUUAGAAUGUUUUGGUCAUCUCCAAAGAGCCAGUUUGUUCUUCCCAUAACUUUUGCCUGAAAAAAAAAGAACAAAAAAGAACAAAAAAAAAAAAAAAAACCAAACCCAGAACAAAACAAAACAAAAAAAAAACCAACAAAAAACACACAAAAAUCCCCCCAAAAACACAAAAAAAUUGCAAACAAACAAAAAGAGAAAGAAAAAACAAUCUACUUAGUUGUCUUUGUGUCUUCUAAGCAUUGGGGAUAACGUUCUACUAAGCAUGGCUGUUACACUUGUAUAUAUAUAUUGAGCCUUGAUAGGCCUAUGAUGUAAAACAAUUGUAUUGAUGGUGGUUUAACUCUAAUUUUUUUGCUUAAUUUUUACAGUUACAUUCAGCUGUUAGAUAAGCAGGAAAAAUAGUUUGCUGCCUAGUUUUACUCAUUUAUGUUAGCUUUAAUGCACAUUUUUAAAAGAACCACGGUCUUGUUUUAACUACCUGCUAGAUAUAAGUAAUACAGAGGUGCUGGCAUGCUUUACAGCACCUGAUUUGAUACAGUUUUUUUGUCUUGUACUAUUACAUAAAUCCAGUCAUGCACUUUUUCGUACACUACAAGGGGAUGUGUAAUAAUAUCCAUGCUUUUUUUUUUUCUUAAACUAUUGCCAUAUUUUCAGUAAGUGUCUUUAAAAAAAAUACACUUAGAUAAAAGUGAUCUGGUCAGUAUGAGGGCAUGAAUGCCAAACAAAGAGUAUUAGUGUUUAGUGUUAAUACGAAAGUGCCAACUUUGCACACAUUUUGGAAAAAGAAAAUGUAGUUGUUCACCAUAACCACAGUUGUAGUUUUUGGACUACACACAGAAAAAUACUGGGGAGGGAACAGGGGUAAAGUGAAAUACAGAAUCCUUGGUGCUUUUUUCAAGUGCCAAUUAUUACUAGAAACAAUAGUGCAUCCUUAUUCCUUAUAUACUACAUUGCAUAAAAGUGGAAAAAAACCCCAGAAUUUUGUCAUGUGAACCAGUAGAAAUUUUGUUUUGUCAAACAUGCAUAAUAUUUGGGGAUACAAAUGCUGAUACUACUUGUCACAGAACAAAGAUGAAUAUAAUUUUGUGUGCUUCUUAUUAUAGCCUGGAUUUUUGUGGUGUUUUAAAAAAAAAUCAAAAUGAACAGGGAAAUAAUGUUAACUAUGUUGUUCUGUAAAGUUGUCUUUUUUUGCAAUGGAAAGUGCUGUAGUAUGAUUAAGGCAUGUUUUAUAGAAGCAAUCAAAAGAAAUUAAUGGCAGAAGCACUUAGUAGCUCUGAAAAUAUAUGCUGGACUUUUUAUUGGGUUACUUUCCCUUUGGAUAAAAUUAGAAGACAGAGAAAAAGGAUGUCUAGUUGUAUUAAUGUUUUGUGUUUCACUCGCAUGAUUUGUCAGAAAAUAACAAAAGUCCAAGAAAUAUAGUGAGCAAGAGAGCGAGCCAACCAGGAGACAGAGAAGGAGCAAGCAGUUGAGAAAGGCAGAGAGAAAGGAGGCUGCCCUCUGAAUUUUUUUGUUUCCGGUGUUUACACAUGUUGCUUGAGCUGGUAAACCACACUGGCAGCCUUAGUUACCACAACAUACUGACAGAGGGAUGGUAUUUACUUAAGCUCAAUCUACAGCCAAAGCCAUUAGGAUGUGUGUUGUAGACUCUUUUCUUUACAAAACGAAUAACAAUAACAAAAUCAAAAACAAACAAACAAAGCAACCCCUAAGGGAUAUUUCAGCAUACAAUAAAAUAUUCCUUCAGUGAGAAUGUGUUCCUUUUCUGUAUUUACUGACCCAGAACAUUAUUCUUAGCAAAGAGUCAGAAAUGCUCCAUUGUUUCAGCUUGUCGCUGUAUUGUUUUGCUGUGCAUUUUGAUUAUUCUUACUUUUUAGGUCCACUUGAGUACUUAACUCCUAUUACAUUUUCUAGAGGAAACUCUUAAUAUAGAUUUCCUCGUUUUUAGUACUUUUUAUGCAUUUCAGUAUUUUUGUUUCCAAAAGUAGGAAUCAAUAUCUAAUAAAUCAGUAUUUCCAGUUGUAGAAAAUAAGAGUAUUUCUAAAUGAAUUCUCACUAUGUUCCUAUGAGUUACAAGCCUCUGAUCAUUUGUUUUAUUUUGUGCACUCAUGAAGCCCUGAAAACAUUUGUGAAUUCCACAGAAAACUAUACGAAAAAUUUACCUUCUGGUUUAUCAAAAAAAAACUUUAUAGCAAAAAAGUAAGCUGUUUCACUGACAUUUUUCUUUCAUCUUUUUUAUUUUCUUCAAAAUCUCAACUACUUUGCCUUGUUAAAUUGAGUGAUCUGCUUUGUUUUGUUUUAUGUUGUGCAAGCUCAGUGUAUUUGUGAGAAAGGGAAAUUAGAACAAUAAGAGUGUAUUUUUCCAAAACACAUGAACCUUUGUAGUGUUAGCUGCACUGCACUCUCAUCUCUCCUCCCAGGCUAAUAGGAACAACUAAUACAGAAAGUCUAAAAAAUGAAAUAACUAAAAUGGAAUUAUAUAUACAGGAAAAAAAAACCCCACUCUUUUGUAGUACACACGGUAUAAAUAAAUAUAAUUUUUUAAUGAAAAACACAUUUGAGCUAUAUAAAGAAUUCCUCACUGAAUGAAUCACUGUUCAGCAUUCUUAUUUCACUAUGGUUCUGUUAGAGAUCAAUUGAGUUUGAUAAGCUUGUUUGAAAGUUUAUGCAUCACCUGUAGAUAAAUUCAGCAGAUCAUUGACAUAGAAGAAAAAAAAGAAAAUCUGUUUAUUAUGCAAAAUUGAACAGCACAUACUAAAAAUUAAGGAAAAAGGGACAAACCUCCAAAAACUGUUAGGAGCUCAUAAGUCCUAUUUUUAAUUUCAUUCAGAUUUUGCUUAAACUACGUAGAAGGUAUCAUCUCUGUCUUGGAGACAGAACACUACUUACUGUUAUUUUUAGGCAAAUCUAGGCAAAAAGUAGUUUCUUCAGUGUUAGUGAUACUAAUGUCAGAACAGUCUUUUUCUUAGAAGGGCACUUACACUUACUUUGAAUUGAAUGGCAUUUCCCUCCUUUCAACUUCGCAUGCAUCUCUAUGAGAAUCUGUAUUUAUCAGAAUUGUUCUUGCGGUGGAAUUUAUAUCAUCUGACAUUAUCUGAAAAAUUCAUAAAGGGGCUCUGGCACAGCAGCUUGGUUUUACUGAAAGUAGCAUUUCUGGUUGAUCUCAGCAGAGAGCCAGAGUGCAGUAAUAAUGACCAAACAUCUCAUCUCUUCACCAGAGAACAUGGCCUGUAAUGGAGUGAUGACAUGAUAAGUAUUGUGCAGUUGCUUAUGUUAUCACAAAUCUGUGGCUAUCCCUUCGGUUUCCAAAGGUAUCAGUCUAAACCAUUUUGCAAGAACUAGACCAGCUUGGAGGAAGAUCCUCUUCCCUUUACAUGGAGUUUGUUCCUUCUUUUUUGGUUCCUGUAGUUAUUGUGGUCACUCUUCCCAUAUUGUUUCACUGUUUUAUUCAAGGUAGUUGUAUUUUUCUGUAAAUAUCAAAAAACUUUGUCUGCGAUUAGAAAAUAACUGUACUGGACCUCCUUUAGAAACAGAACUAUUUGUCUGGAGGUUGUUUAGGAUUUUUCUUUUCAUUGGGAGGGUUGGAGGGUAUGGUGUGUCAGGAAAGCAUAUGUUAAUGGUUAAUCAUUAGGUACCUUCUGAAAAACUCUAUGAAAAUUUGGAAGGAAAACAGCACAGUCAAAGCACAAGAAUGGAAACCAUGAGUUUUAACACCCCUGGUAGCCCCUUCUAACUUUUUAGCCUCACACAUAUCAUAUCACUUACCCACUUAUGUUUCAGUCUAUUAGGCUGUCACUAAUACUAAUAUGAUUUUGCCCAUAAGUGCGCUCCUGUGAGGACCAAUUAGCUGGUAUUAGUAAAGAGCUAAUUUAACUCAUAAAUAUUUUUGCACACCUUAAAAUAUUUAGUCAAUUUUUCUGAGCUAUAUCUCAAUCAGGUACGUUUUAUUAUGCCCGAGAUUUUAACCCUGCCUUUUAAAUUGUAGCUGAUGCUGUGGUGACACUGUAGACAUGCGCAAGGUAUAAGCACUGUCACUGAGUCACAACUCAAUUUGACAAAAUGUGAAAGGUAUAGAUUAAAAACCUUAAUAGCACAUGGACACUGCUCUUAAAGAUCUCUGAAAAGCUUUUCAUGUCUGAGCUCAUAAAAUUUGUAUGUUUCCUAGGGAUCUGUAGAUAUUUUACACAGAAGAAAUUCUGUAGUGUGUUUGCCAUGGGUAAACUUCAGUGUAUGUUCCUUCCUUCCUUCCUUCCUUCCUUCCUUCCUUCCUUCCUGCCUUCCUGCCUUCCUGCCUUCCUGCUUUCCUUCCUGCCUUCUUCCAUCUCUCCCUCCCUUCCUCCCUUUUCACCUCCCUUCUUCCCUCUCUGUCUUCCUUGUUCCCUGUCUCCCUUCCCCCUGUUGUGGAACUUAAAGUUUUCUGCCUGUUCCACAAGCUUAUACAUUUUCCAUCACCUAUAUGUUUCCCAUUCCAUCCCCAAAAAGGGAAGUGUUUAGGAAAAACUAGUAGAGUCAGGUUCUGUGAAGUAGCUGCCAGCAUUGGUCAGUACCUCAGUUGAUUUGGUUUAGUACAAUUAAUAGGAAGUGGGGCUCCCAGGAUGCACUUGAGUUUUCCCUGAGUUUUGGCCUUUUCAACCCAGUUGAGGAUCUAACAUAGCUAAAUAUAUAGGGUAGGAAUAUAAAAGCAACAAGACAAAAAGCUGUGUGGGCAUCAUGAAAGCUCAGAAAUAUGAUAAUUCAAGGUCUGAUCUGUUCCAGAGAUAGGAAUCAAUUUCAAGACCAGGGAUUUAGUUCCAAAAAUUUCUCCUUCAAUGUGUGUGAUAUUUUGUAAUCAAAAUGCUUGAUGUGGACCCAUUUUUCAUAUGGUGGUCGUUAAGGAUGUCAGCUGCUGUCAGAAAAUAGGACAUAUUUUUAGAUGUGUAUUUGUACUCAAAUUCUGCAGGACAUUUUCACAGCAAAAUUGGUGGCAGAGUAAAUUAUAAGGAGGGGAAAGUGUGUGGUCAAGGAGUGGAUACAUGCUUCUCUAAGUUUUUUUGCCACAUACGUGAACAGAACUGUUACUUCUUCAGUCACCAGAAUGUUUUUGUCACUUUUUUUUUUUGGGUUAACAGAAUCACUCUUUUUAUUUGAAAAGAGAAGCAAAGGUGUCUGUACUAAGGGCAAGGAGGCAGCAGGGGUUCUCUGUGGGGAAAAGGUGAGUGGCAGACACAUGAUGGCAGCUGGUAUAUUUCAGUUCCUUCUUAGUUUUGUAUUUUUUCUUAUGUAGUGACAUAAGGAAAAGACUUUGCUGCUAUAGUAACUCAACAAAACAGUGACUGUAGUGCUACUUUGCUAGAUAAGCAUCAGCAUAUCCUGCUGUUGCCACAUGAUGAGUUGGGUUUUUUUCUCCCGUACUGUAGGGACAUAAAAGGAACUCUUUUCCAUGCCCAUUUCUACUUCAGGAACAGAGCAACAUCAUAUGAUGGACUGAACCUUUCACCCAUAUGUUUGCCCAAAUACAUGUCUGUUCCAGUCUCAUGGUUUCUGUCUCUUCCUGCCAACACUGCAGCUUUAUCACUGCCUUUAAAAUGGCUGUUAGAGAGUGAAGUAGCAAUUAUUUUACAUAAGUAGUAUUAUCUUGAGUCUGUAGUUAACCAGUCUUGUGUGGCUUGUUUUCUCUGUUCAAGUCAUGAUAUUGAAUGACAGCUUUGAUUUUUGAUCAAGGUAUAUUGAUCAUGUAUAUCCCAAUACUGUUGCUGUUAUGUUUGGCACUGACACUUAAAUGAAAACGGUUCUGGACCACCAAAGGGUUAAAAAUGGACAUGUUUUUGACAAGUCCUCUGACUUUUGCCAGUAUUAUUGUUCAUUAUGAUGACACUGUGUUUUUUUAAAUAGCAGCUGUAGUUGUCAUGAAACUAUUUUCCCAUUCCUCUCCUUUAAAGUGUGAUGUUGUAAAUUCAUGUGACCUUUCCUGCAAAGAAUAAAUAUUUCUUUUUUUAUAUAA